AUGACUUUAGUUCUUUUUCUAUUGUACGGAUGUUGGAUGUAUUACGAUCGUCAUGUAGACUCCCAAGGUGGUCGUUGGUCUGACCGAUUACGGCAACUAUCCGUUUGUAAAUAUUUCACGAAAUAUUUCCCUUUAAAACUAAUUAAAACGGAAGAUCUUGAUCCAAAUGAAAAUUACAUUUUUGGAUUUCAUCCGCAUGGAGCGUUCAGUUUCGGUGCGUUGGGCAAUUUUGGUACUGACGCGACACAUUUCUCCGCACUUUUCCCAAAUAUUCGUCCACAUCUGAUGCUUCUUCAGCUACAAUUUCUCUUUCCAUUUACACGAGAGAUUCUACUCCGAUUAGGCGCUUGCUGUGUAUCGAAAGAGAGCUGCGAAUAUUUCCUCAGAGGAAAUCACGGCACUGGCCAUGCGUUAGUCAUUAUAAUCGGGGGUGCUCGGGAAAUGUACUUCACUAAAGCUAAUACGAUGAAACUAUACCUAAAAAAUCGCAAGGGUUUCGUUACUUUGGCAUUAAAACAUGGAGUGUCACUUGUACCCGUGGUUUCAUUUGGCGAGAAUGAACUAUACCAACGCUUGACUUUCUUCAACUUAAUUCCUAAUGGAAUUAGUUGGGGUCGAUCUUUUUUCGGCUAUAUUCCACUCCGACGUCCGGUUGUUACUGUUGUUGGUAAGCCAAUUCGUGUCAAUCAAAAUGUCAAUCCAUCUACAGAAGAUAUCGGUCAACUUCACGAGCAAUACAUGCAAGCUGUAGAAGAAUUGUUUGAAACAAAUAAGGAUAAAUACGGUUUAGGACAUGUUAAACUUGAAAUUGUGUGA